ACAGCAUCAAUCAUGGUGGCCCGGGUGGGGGUGGGACAAGACUCUGCUCUGUUCCACCGUAUCCUCUACGACUCCAUUCCCGAACAUCCUCGCUCUUCCAACGGGUCAGUACGAGGAUGGACUAGAGAGGGGUUUGUAUGUCCUGAAGAUCAAUGGAGAGGAGGUCAAGGUGAGUCUAUGGGACACAGGAGACUAGAGCGCUACACGGCCAUGACAGCAAAACUACUUCCGGAACUGCCACGGAGUGGGUUCUGGUCUACUCCCUGGAGGAAGAAGACACGACUGUUUGCUCUGGAGACUGGCUGAGUGAGGCCCGCAGCCUCAACUCUCCCACCACGUCGUGCCGGCCCUCUGGGGCAACAAGAGCGAGUCUGACAACGCCUGCGCCAUGGAACCAACAGUGGAAGCCUUCAGCACAGCCAGCAAGAUCCCGCCAGAACUAGU